GAGAAGGAGGCGGGGAGGAGAGGGGGAAGGCUGCCCCGGCGGUGGAGCGGUCCCGGGGCGCGGUGAGGGCAGGCCGGGCUGGCUCCGGGAACCGCUGCUCCGCCGGGAAACUUCCCCCCGGCCCUGGCCGGGACAGCGGGGAGCCGGGCAGCCGCCAUGGACUCCGGCAGCGAGACCCACGAGCUGAACGGGACGGCGGAGGGCGCGGAGUCGGCGGAGGAGCGGCGCAGAACGUGGCAGUGGUUCCAAAGGAACAGACCCAUCAACAUCAACCACUAUGCCAACAAGAAGAGUGCAGCUGAGAGCAUGCUGGACAUCGCCCUGCUGAUGGCCAACGCCUCCCAGCUCAAAGCUGUCAUGGAGCAAGGACCCUCCUUCUCCUUCUACAUCCCGCUGAUCGUUCUCAUCAGCCUGUCCCUCACCCUGCAAGUUAUGGUGGGAGUGCUCCUGAUAUUCCUUGUAAAAUAUGACCUUAACAACCCUGCAAAACACGGAAAGGUGAAUUUCCUCAACAACCUUGCAACUGGACUAGUAUUCAUUAUAGUAGUUGUGAAUAUUUUUAUCACUGCCUUUGGAGUACAGAAACCAGUUGCAGAGUCAGCAUCAAGACAGUGAGGACCAGAGACCUGGAGCAUUCACUGUAGAUGCCAUUUGCACUUGAGCCAGCUACACUGGUCACAGUGGGAAGGAAAAAUGAUUUGAAGAAGCUGGACACACCAAGCAGCUUUCUCAAGCUUCCAACAUCACUUGCAUACCUGAAAUUUUCCCAUGUGUUAAUAUUUAAACUGUUUGGCAUCUAAGAAAAGGUUGAUUUUGCCCCAAGGACACUGUUUUUCUGGAAUACUGGCAUUUCAGUUUCUGAAGAAACUUAAUUUUUUUUCGGAGAAGCGACGCAAACGCAUAGAACAAGGAAAUAUCAUCUUGUAGCAAUUCACAAGACUUUUCUUUUUACAUGGUUUUGGUUUUUGUGGCAAUUUGACAUUUCCACCAUGGUGGGAAAUGUCAGGCCUUUGAUUCUGGUGUGGUGACAUUGUCCUUUAUUUCACAGCUUGCCAGCAAGCCCGUGUGCUGUGUAGCCCAGCAGGGCUCUUCCUUUGCAGCGUGUAAAGGUAGCUGUGCCUUGUUUUUCUUUUCUUCCACUCUAGCUAAAGCAAAGAUGAGACAAACAGAAACAAACAGCAUUCUUUUUUCUUUCACAGGUAAUCAUUUGUAUUGUUUCUUCUGGACACACUUAAAAUUCCCAUGUCCUUCAGUAGGUUAUAAAAAUAACCUAAUUGUUAAUGGUUUCGUACCAUGAACUGCUAUUCUGUGCAUUAUAUGUUUUUAUUUAAGUCAUGGAGUGGUUUGGUUUCAAGGGACCUUUAAAGGUCUUCUCGUUCCACCCCUGCCAUGGGCAGGGACAUCCUCCACUUCCCAGGUCCUGUCCAGCCUGGACACUUGCAGGGAUCCAGGGACAGCCACAGCUUCUCUGGGCACCUGUGUCACCUCCCUCAUUGUAAAAGGUUCUUUCUUAUAUCAGAUUUCUGGAAACUCAGUUAGAGAAAGUGCCACCUUUUCUAGGCUCAGCUGGUAAACUGGGGGAUGCAGGGUGGACUUUACCUGCUAAACUGGUACCAAGUGCCUGUCAGCAGCAGUUCAAAUGAACUGAGUUUUCCUCUCUAGUUUCCUCUCUCUCUUCCCAUCAUUGAUUGCUGCAUUUUUUUUUUACUUUUAUGAGAUUAUGGCUAAAAGCAAAACAAAUUUUUAAAUUUUUAUUUUUAAAUAUAUAUAUAUAUCUAUAUAUAUAUAAAUACCCUCUAGACCCUUACCUGCUGGCUCAGGGACUUACACUUUUUCUAAAUACACUAUUCCCAGUGGUGGUGUAGGUUAUAAUUUCUUCAACAAAAACAUUUCAAUCAUUUUAUUUCCAGAGUAUCAUACCUGCAAUCAGAAAAAUCUGAGUUUUCUAGGUUGCACUUAUAUAUAGAUGCAGAUUUGUAUUAAUCAAUGUUCUUAGUAUCAAUUUUCCAGUGCUCCCUCGUACAUAAAAUUAGAAGUUUAACUUCAUAUGUCUCGUCUCAUUUACAGUUUUUAUUACUGAUCUUUCUCUUUGGUUAUGUCUCAAAGCCCAUUGAUGUACCAGACUUUCAUGUGUAUGUUCUGUAUGGAUUAGUAACAGGAAAAAAUCAAACUUGUGUGAUUAAUAAUGGAAUAGACAUUCUUUUUUAUUUUCUAA